AAACUGACAAUUUUAAUUGGAAAAAAUUCAUUCAAGCACCACGACAUAGACAAACAUCGUGUAAUAGAUUAUCAUGUCCAAAGCCUCAAAGAAGUGUCGUCGUUGUAAGGGCCUCCACGAGUGUGUAUGUCAGACGGUCGAUGCCUCACAGUGUACCAUGCCUCCACCCACACCACCUGCUGGGGCUAAUGACUCGUCUGGAGGGUAUCCGACCACGGGGUACCCGGGAGGAGGACCCUACCGUAUUUAUGACCCUCCGAUGCCCGUUAUUGCACCAAUAUCUGGAGGAAUAUUCCCAGGGAAAAUGAUUUUCAUAAGUGGAGUACUAAAUCCCAAUGCAGCAAGGUUCACCAUUAACUUCAUGUGCGGUCCCUAUGACGGAAGUGACAUCGCCCUGCAUUGUGACGUACGCCUCCGAUUUGGCAGUGAUGUUAACGUUUUUGUGAGGAAUUCUUUGCUGGGUGGGGGCUGGGGAGGUGAGGAGAGACCGUGUCCAUAUUUUCCCUUCGUUCCCAAUGGCAGCUUCGACAUGAUUAUACUUGCAGAAAAGGACAAAUUCAAGAUUGCUGUCAACAACCAGCAUUUGGUGGAGUACGGCCAUCGUCUGCAACCACUGAAAAAAAUCGACACCAUGAAGAUCAUGGGUGAUGUAAGAAUAAACCAAAUCCGCUUUCAGUAGUGACGUCAAACAUUGUCGUAUGCAUUUGACCAUACACUGUAGUUUUAGAACCAAUAAAUAUGGCCGAAUUGUUCACUUCAUAUUACCAGAAAUACAAUCGUGCAAAAUGUUAGGGUUUCCUAUUCUUUUGUGGAUGUUUCGAUACAUCUAAUAAGAGAUUUGUGGGGGUUGGGAUGAGUGGCUGUUUGCUUUUGUUGUUUUAAUUUUUAUUUUUUUUUUUGGAGGGUUUUUUCUUAUAGAAAACAAAUAUUUAUAGA